CCGCCGCCGGCGUGCGUGCCCGCAGCGCUGGUGCGCUUGGCGCGCGGCCUCCUACCCACUUGGAGGCCCUGCGUUUGCCCCGGCAUCGCGAGCGCAGGACAGCGACCGGAGUCCUGGGCUGGAGUCAGACUCCGGCCUUGGAGAAGAUGGAAGGGGAGAGAAGGCCGGUGCCGGGCCCGCCCGCCGAGGGCCUACUUGCAGACGGGCACCUGAUCCUGUGGACGCUGUGCUCGGUGCUGCUGCCGGUGUUCAUCACCUUCUGGUGUAGCCUGCAGAGGUCGCGCCGGCAACUGCACCGCCGGGACAUCUUCCGCAAGAGCAAGCACGGGUGGCGCGACACGGACCUGUUCAGCCAGCCCACCUACUGCUGCGUGUGCGCUCAGCACAUUCUGCAGGGUGCCUUCUGCGACUGCUGCGGGCUCCGAGUGGACGAGGGCUGCCUCAAGAAGGCCGACAAACGCUUCCAGUGCAAGGAGAUCAUGCUCAAGAAUGAGGGCAAGGCCUCGGACGCCAUGCCCCACCACUGGAUCCGAGGCAACGUCCCCCUAUGCAGUUACUGUGUGAUUUGCAAGCAGCAGUGCGGCAAUCAGCCCAAGCUCUGCGACUACAGGUGUAUUUGGUGUCAGAAAACAGUACAUGAUGAGUGCAUGAAAAAUAGCUUGAAGAAUGAAAAGUGUGAUUUUGGAGAAUUCAAAAAUAUCAUCAUUCCACCAAGUUAUUUAACUUCCAUUAACCAGAUGCGUAAAGACAAAAAAACAGAUUAUGAAGUGCUAGCCUCUAAGUUUGGAAAACAGUGGACCCCAGUAAUAAUCCUGGCCAACUCUCGUAGUGGAACUAACAUGGGAGAAGGACUAUUGGGAGAAUUUAGGAUCCUGUUAAAUCCAGUCCAGGUUUUUGAUGUAACUAAAACUCCUCCUAUCAAAGCCCUACAACUUUGUACUCUUCUUCCCUAUUACUCAACUCGAGUGCUUGUUUGUGGAGGAGAUGGGACUGUGGGCUGGGUCCUGGAUGCAGUUGAUGAAAUGAAGAUUAAGGGACAAGAAAAAUACAUUCCACAGGUUGCAGUCUUGCCUCUUGGGACAGGCAAUGAUCUGUCCAAUACACUGGGUUGGGGUACAGGUUAUGCUGGAGAAAUCCCAGUUGCACAGGUCCUAAGAAAUGUAAUGGAAGCAGAUGGAAUCAAACUAGAUCGAUGGAAAGUUCAGAUAACAAAUAAAGGAUACUACAACUUAAGGAAACCCAAGGAAUUCACAAUGAACAACUAUUUUUCUAUUGGACCUGAUGCUCUCAUGGCGCUCAAUUUUCAUGCUCAUCGUGAGAAGGCACCAUCUCUGUUUUCUAGCAGAAUUCUUAAUAAGGCUGUGUAUUUAUUCUAUGGAACCAAAGAUUGUUUAGUGCAAGAAUGUAAAGAUUUGAAUAAAAAAGUUGAGCUAGAACUGGAUGGUGAGCAAGUACAGCUGCCUAAUUUGGAAGGUAUCAUCGUUCUGAACAUCGGCUACUGGGGUGGUGGCUGCAGACUGUGGGAAGGGAUGGGAGAUGAGACUUACCCCCUAGCCAGGCAUGAUGACGGUUUACUGGAAGUCGUUGGAGUGUAUGGGUCUUUCCACUGUGCUCAGAUUCAAGUGAAACUGGCAAACCCUUUUCGAAUAGGACAAGCACAUACAGUUCGGCUGAUUCUGAAGUGUUCGAUGAUGCCGAUGCAGGUAGAUGGGGAGCCGUGGGCCCAGGGGCCCUGCACUGUCACCAUAACUCACAAGACGCAUGCUUCAGUGCUGUAUUUCUCUGGAGAACAGACAGAUGAUGACAUCUCUAGUGCUUCAGAUCAAGAGGACAUAAAGGAAACGGAGUAGACAAAUGAGAAAAUGAAAACUUAGUAUAGCAUCUGCACAAGCAUGUAGAUGCGUGUUUAUCCAAAAGCAGAAAUUCUCUAUCAGCUAUUCAGUCUUAAUUUCACUCAUAGUAUAAAUGGGUACACUUGUAAGGGCUGGACUCUAGGUCUGUGGUACAGCAUUAGCCUAACGCAGGCCCUAGGUUCAAUCCCAAGCACUGCAAAAAAAAAAAAAAAUACGGUAUUUUAAUGGGAUGACAUUUAUGUAAAUA